GAGAAUAAUCUUGUUUAUUGCUUAAUCUGAUCUACGUUCCCUGCUUCUUUAGUAUAGAAACUAAUUGGAGUUUCUGUUGGUUCCUAUAGAUGCCCAAUAAGUCACUAAUGGUAUUUCGUGUUUUCUGAUGGGUUGAUAUCACAUUGUAAAGGGUGCUAAUGAUUUAACAGAUACUCUGGGACUGAUUCCAGAUUCAUUUUAUGGGUUUCUAAGGUGUCCUACAGGGCAGGGUUUAGCACGUUUUAGGCUAAAUAAAGGUCAAUACUGACCUGUUACAGGGUUUUAAUCCUUAUUAUGUUUUAUGUUAAAGUGAAUUAGAGGCGAAAGAUGGCAGAAAGAUAUCCCUGGUGGAAGUCCUUAACCGGCAAGACGAAAAACAACAUCCUUAAAGAGACCAUCGUUCCGCAAGAAGCAGAAAAAGAGGCCAAAGCUGCUGCCAAACAGAGCACAGAGAGCCAAAACUCCAACCUGCUCAGUAACGAGACUUACGAUGACUCCCACCUCGAACCCGUGUUCAACGAGAACACCUGCAGGAGGAACCUGAGGGUUUCUCGGUCUGGCCGCUUUAAGGAGAAGAGGAGAGUUAGGGGGACUUUACCGGCCAACUGCAGCUUUUACGAGACCAACACCGCCGUGGCCAAGUAGCCCUGCUGGUGCUGAGAGAGCCGUGAUGAAGAUGGACUGGAGCGCAGCGCCAGACUGGCUGCAGCCCAGAGCCCAGCGGUACAGCUGAACUGCUGUUGAGCACACCGACCAAGUUCAGUUCAGAAGAAAUAUUAAAAGGUUUUUUUAUUUCUGAAUUUGGUACGCAGGUUUUGUUUGUUUGUCAGCUAAUAAACUAGUUGAUUUAUGCAGAGGUUUAAUGGCUUUUGCCCAUAUUCAUAAGACACACUAUUCUGUGUUUUACUUGUGAGGUUAUGCUCUGAAGCAUUUUGGUCAGUGAGGGUAAAGGUUUUAGAUCAGAGACUAUUGUACUGCUGCAAACAUGGGGAGACUUGAGUGAACUGCAUAUAUUACACACCUUUUCAAAUUCAGUGGUUUAAAAAUCCCCAAUCAUACCACGAACAUGAAACUAGCUUAAUUAGUUAGUCAGUAACAAUUAAUUAAAUAUAUAAUAUAUAUUUAUAUUUAUUAUUUAUUAUCUAAAUGGAAUUUUACUACUUUUCAAAGUAAUGAUUUAUAUGCAGGUCACUUACAGUAGGGUCAAUGUUUUUUGUCUGUGUCUGAUUUAGAUGUAUGUAAUGUUUUGUUGUGAGUUUGCUUAGUUUACAUCCAUAAGAACUGCACUUGUACAUUGUAAGAUAUUCCUGUUAGUCCCUGGUUGUUUGUCUGUAAGGCCAUGUAGCAGUGAAUCUUUCAUUUUCAGAAUCUUUCAUUUUCAGGAGUUCAUCCCAACAUUCAUGUUAAAGUUCUCAAUAUCUUUGUAAAAUAGUUGUUAAAGGCAUUUGUUUUGGUUUUAGGACUACUCUGGUUAUCAACGUUACGUUUUUGUAUCCAUGAUAGCAAAGAUUCCCAGCAGUCAUCGUCUCAUGCAGAAUAUUCAGACAACAAAGUUCAUAUAGUUUAGACUUUUCAGAGGCAUGGCUGCUUACCAUUACAGCAAGCACCCAUAUCCUUUAGCAGGAGUGUUGUGACAGGAAACUGUACUGUAAAGAGAGGUUGUGUAACAUUGUCAUAUCAGAUGGAAUGUGAUGAAGCAUUAAGCCGAGAAUAGCUUCAUAUGUUAAAUGGAAGUGUUGUGUAGGCCUGUUAAUCCAGAUGCACAAGUAAGACAUGCUGUCGUUUCAUUUAUUGUCCUGUUUGGGUGGGUGUGGACAGUGUUUUAAAUAGGCUGAUUAAGAAACAGAAACAUUUAAACAAACUCUGUUUCUGGGCCUCAUGCAGUCCAAUAUUAAAAUGUAUUUUGUCGCAGUCUAAUUACAAAAGGGAAAUAUUGUCAUUUUAUUCAUCUUUGUAGUUCACCACCUUUAACAUCAACAUGUGGUGAAGUUCAUUAAACACAUAAAUCCAACAAACAAAAAGCUUCAGAUUCAUUAUCUCUUUUUACCUGCAUGCGAUUUGUGUAGGUAAACCUGCUGGAGUGCUUAUAUUAGUGAAAUUUGAUAACACCCUUUUUGUACUUGAGGAAGACCUUACAUGUUUUGCAUAAAAUGUAAAUUGCAAAAUGGAAUAAAAAUGACAAAACUGUCCUUUAAAAUGUU